AAGAGUACAGAGAUGCAUAUGCAUUUGGUACAACUCCUAGCUACUUUGGACUAGCUAGUAGUACUUAGUGCCUCCAAAAUUUCUAUAUUCUGAUCAGUUCUUUGCCAGACCCGAAUCAUCGGAAGCUGAUAAAAUAGUUCUCUGAAUCUGUUCCUUUCGGUGUAAGUCGAUCAGACGAAACGUUGCUGUUCAUCUUUUCCAAGUUGGAAGAUCAGAUCUAAUGGGGAGAGGAAAGAUUGAAAUAAAGAGGAUAGAGAACACAACAAAUCGUCAGGUAACAUUCUGCAAGAGGAGGAAUGGUUUACUCAAGAAAGCUUACGAGUUAUCGAUACUCUGUGAUGCUGAAGUCGCUCUUAUCGUCUUCUCAAGCCGUGGUCGUCUCUACGAAUACGCUAAUAGCAGCAUCAAAUCAACCAUAGAGAGGUACAAGAAGGUAUGCUCAGCUGAGUGUUCGAACACUACCUCCAUCAUCGAGGCUAAUGCUCAUUACUAUCAACAAGAAGCAACAAAACUGAAGCAGCAAAUACAAAUCUUGCAGAAUACAAACAGACAUUUGAUGGGUGAGUCUAUAAGUUCACUGACCGUGAAAGAAUUGAAGCAGUUGGAAAACCGGCUCGAACGAGGACUCACCCGGAUUAGAUCCAAGAAAAAUGAGUUGAUGUUUGCAGAAAUUGAAUACAUGCAAAGAAAGGAGGUGGAGCUUCAAAAGGAGAAUGUUUUCCUUCGAGCUAAGGUAACUGAAGACGAGGAGAACGAGCAAACGAACUUAAGGCCGGUACCUGAUCAGUUAGAUCAUCAUCAAGUGAACUUUUUCCAAGUGAACAUGCUGAACGGCGGACCCUCUUCAUACUCCGAUCAUCAAACUGCGCUCCAUCUUGGCUAAUUAAUACGCUCUGAAUAAGCUUUCAUCCCAAGGUUUGGCCGAGAGAUGACGGACAAACUAUGCCAUUAAUGAUGAUAUUCUGUUCUGCAUUCAAUUAGUAUAAUAAACCCCAAUCCUAAUUACGCUAUAAUAAUUGUAUGAAAUAAGUAAUUACGCAUAUGAUGAUUUGCUAGUAAAAGAUAUUAUGCAACCAAUCUUGUGAGUGAUUUAUGUUCAAGUUAAUUAAAUGAAAUGGAUGUAGAUUAAAGUGA